GGGAGAAGCUCAGCCAAUCAAGAGGUCUCUGAGGCAAAGAAGGCGGGACGAAGAGGAAAAGUUUAGGACAGGAGCGCCAGCCAAUCCUGAGCCUAGCUGCCUGAGCAACGGCCACCAGCACCCACUUGCAGACGCCAGUCAGAGCGGGGGGAUGGUCAGUGGACAAUGAGCCAAUCCGUGCCGAGGGAAGGCAAAUUUGAGCCAAUGAAAACUGAGAAGGUGGGAAGGGGCGGAGUUCGCCGGUGGCUGCUCGCUGGGAGCCACUGGUGGGGACCUUUCUAGGGUCCUUUUCCAUCCGUGGGGUGCUAUGGAGUUCCCAGAACACAGCCAGCAGCUGCUGCAGAGCCUCCGAGAGCAGCGGUCCCAGGGUUUCCUUUGUGACUGCACCGUAAUGGUGGGUAGCACCCAGUUCUUGGCCCAUCGGGCUGUGCUGGCCUCCUGCAGCCCAUUCUUCCAGCUUUUCUACAAGGAGCGGGAACUGGACAAGAGGGAUCUGGUGUGCAUCCACAAUGAAAUUGUCACAGCCCCAGCCUUUGGGCUGCUUCUGGAUUUUAUGUACGCUGGCCAGCUGGCCCUGAGGGGGGAUACCCCCGUGGAGGAUGUGCUGGCAGCUGCCAGCUACUUGCACAUGAAUGACAUCGUUAAAGUGUGUAAGCGGCGGCUGCAAGCCCGGGCCCUGGCAGAGGCAGACAGUACCAAGAAGGAGGAGGAAACCAACUCACAGCCCCCUAGUUUGGAGUUUUUGUCCAACCCCUCCCGCGGCCCCCAGCCUUCAUUGGCAUCUGCUGAGACAUCAGGCCACUGGGGCAAAGGGGAAUGGAAGGGCCCUGCAGCUCCCUCACCAACUGUCUGUCCUCCAGAUGAGCCACCAGUGUCCGGUGGGGCAGACACGACACAGCCUGGCAUGGAGGUUGACCCGCCACAUCUACGCCCCCCCCCUCCACCAGUGGCUGAUGUCUCCCUUGCCAGCCCUAGUAGCUCCACAGAGACCAUUCCUGCAAACUACUUGUCUUCUGGCCUUCCAGCAGUUUCAGUGGAGCCGCUGGCUCCCCUUGAUGUGGCUGAGAGUUUGAGGAUGGUGGAACCAAGGGGUGCCGGAGCGCCAUUGCAAGGCUUCUAUCCUCCAGCUCCAGCGGCAGCCCCAACCCCAGCCCCAGCUCCAUCCCAGGCUCCAGCACCAGCCGAAGCUGAGCUGGUCCAGGUGAAAGUGGAAGCCAUUGUGAUUUCCGAUGAGGAGCCAGAUGUGUCAGAGGAAACGCCUCAGGGUCCCGAGGGGUUCUUCCCACCUGGAGGAGCCUUGUUUGGCGCACAGCCCCCUCAGCCAGAGGCUUUUGAGGAGCCCAGGGCAGGACUAGAGGAGGUGGGACCAAGUGACCACUUCCUGCCCCCAGAUCCUCAUCUGUCCUACCAUUUGCUGCCAGGUCCAGGGCAGUAUCACCGAGGACUGGUGACCUCACCGCUGCCGGCCCCCCCGGCCCUGCAUGAGCCACUUUACCUGCCUUCUGAGUAUGAAGCCACCCCGGGAAGUUUUGGAGUUUUCACGGAGGAUGUGCCCACUUGCAAGACAUGUGGGAAGACCUUCUCUUGUUCUUACACACUCCGGCGCCACGCCACCGUGCACACACGCGAGCGACCCUAUGAGUGCCGCUACUGCCUGCGCAGCUACACACAGUCAGGGGACCUAUACCGCCACAUCCGCAAGGCUCACAAUGAGGACCUGGCCAAACGCAGCAAACCGGAUCCAGAGGCCGGCCCCCUCCUGGGGGUGCAGCCCCUGCAUGGCUCCCCUACAGCAGACAGACAGAACAGCGGUGGCGGAGGGCCACCCAAAGAUUUUGUACUUGGCCCCAAAAACUGACAUCAGCAGGAGCUGAGGCCAGGCCUGCUCUUGCCAUCAUCAGGGGGCAGCACAGGUUGGAAGCCUCUCAUUUCCCCUGCGAGGGAUGGGUUGUGCAGGGAGCAGAAGGAACGUUGUGCCCUGGGCUUAGGAUUCCUCCCACUUUUCCUUUCCCCAGCCAGGCAGCAGGACUUUAUGGGGCAUUGCGACUCAAUGAGCCCUUCUCCAAGGGCACUGGGAAUUUUGCUGAGGUGUAAUCACUUCUCACCCUGCAUCCCCGACCAUAAAGCUAGCAGUGAAAGUA